AUGUUUAAAAACAGACCCAAUUCCAAGAAGCCCGACAAGAACCUUAUCAACCAAUUCCAUGAAUCCUUCUCCGACGUGAUCAGGCCAGUCACCAAACACCAUUCAGCGACGUUUGUCUCCCUACAUAUCUUCGCUCCUUUUGCGCAUUCAAGUCUCUGGUACUUGGGUGAUUUGCAAUUCACCCCAUUCAGAGAUGAUCACUUGCUCCCUACGCACACUGCACCCCACUCCUUCCAUGACAAUACCUCACGUGGCAUGACCCCGGUGUCGCAUGGCCCAGCUGGAGAUCUUCACACGCCAACCCUCGGAAGACAUUCAUUGACGCCUUUCACACUGCUUGACCAAUUCCCGGUCACACCCUUGCAUCUACCCAAGGCCGACAUAUCCAAUAACAGCUUUGAUCCUCAACACUUUCCACAAGAGCCUCAGAAUGCCGCUUUCCCGCCCAGCGCAUUUGUUCACUCCACCUUUGCCGAUGAACUUAUUGGUGAACCCGGUGCACAAAACUAUUCCAAUGAUGUGGGCAUUCAAGGGCAGUCGAUCUCUCAGCUCGUCUCCCCUAGGGCCAAUCUCUCGGGAAAUGAAAUUGCGACUGCUCAUGAUACUAGCAAGUUUAGGUAUCAUGUAGCUCUGAACACACCCACAGCAAUGGUUCAUGACCCAAAUGAUCCCCCAAUUACCUAUCUUAAUAAGGGUCAAACAUACUCUUUAUCGAUCACCGAUCUGAAGCCCCCGCCACUGGCCAAUGGAUUGAUCAAGUAUCGAACAUCGAUACAUGUUUCCUUCGAAGACAAAGAUCAAGCAUCAAGGCCCAAUUUUUGCUGGCAGCUAUGGAAGGACAUUCGUGGCCAGGAGUCCCAUCGAAAAGAUGGUCUUUUACGCGCAGUGGAGCUCGUUGACUUAGACCCAGGAAUCAACCGACGCACUCAGCUAGAAAGAACAUCUCUAGAUGGCUUCAGUAUCAUAUGGUAUGCAGACCCCACCGCACAGGUAUCGGGAUGCUCGAUCGGUGUCAAGUUCAACUUUCUUUCGACGGAUUUCAGCCGCGAUGCCGAACUGAGAUUCUGCCUUGUGAAAUUGUUCCGUGAUCAUGGCGCUGAGCGCAAAAUGUUUACGGACGUCUCACAGCUAAAACGUGCAAUUGAGAAGCGCCAGAAGCAAGCCGCUGAAAAUGAAAAGUUGGAUUCAAAUGACAGUCUUGGAAAACGAAAACGUGAUGGUCGCUCGGCUGUUGACAGGCGCGGUCCCAAUCUGGACGCUGAAGUGUUGAGAAUGCAAAGUCUUUUCUCCUCCAAUCACCCCGUCAGCACUUUUUGUCUUCCUGGUGAGAAGAAGGAUGAUCCGGAUUUGUUCCCGAUUCACAUAGUGGAUGAGACGCAAACCCACGACCAAGUAGACAACCCGACUCUGCAAACUAUCACCCCUCCAUCAACAUCGAGCAGUAGGUCGAGAAGUCAGACAGACAACUCGGGAGAUCAGCAGCCACGUGAGCAGCCUCUCAAAUCAGAACCACCAGAGUUGAUCAGCUGCAAGGAUAACUCUGGAAUUCCCAUGCUAUCUAAUCAAAACGCUGAAUCGGUGGAUGUCAAAUCAAGACCUACAGCAGCAGUAGCAUGUUUUUAUCUCCGUUUUCACCAAAGCAACGCACAGCAAGAUAGCUACCACACCGCAGUUUAUCUGGCAGAGCGUACCGCACAGGAACUCAUGGUGAAGAUCUGUGAGAAACGUCAAAUUAGCCAGACUCAUAGAGUCCAGCUGUUUCAGAUAAGGCCAAACGGCAUGAAAGUCAUCAUUGAUGAUGAAGCAGUUCAACGGAUUCCGGAUGGCCAGGAUAUGACCGCAGAAAUAGGCGAGGUUCCUGACGUGGCUAUUGAUGGUAGCUCAGUGCCUGCCACCGUCGAGGUUAGCUUGUUCUUCUGA